AUGGCAUGGGAAGACGUUGCAGCAGAGAAGAAGAGCCGUAUCGAUGGGUCUAUUCCGCAGGAAUGGCUCAUCAAGGGCCUUCAAGGUGAUGACAAUGCCAUGGAUUACCCCGCUAGAAGUGGGAUAUUGAGCCCCAAGGAGCUUCAACUUACCAAUAGCUCAGCUGUUGAUCUUGUCAAUAAAAUGGCAGCAGGCGAGUUGACCUCUGUAUCGGUUACGACUGCCUUUUGCAAGAGGGCCGCUAUUGCGCACCAGACGGUUAAUUGCUGCCAUGAAUUUUUCCCAGACGUCGCACUCGCCAGGGCCAAGGAGUUGGACGAUUAUUUUGAUAAAACGAAGAAGCCAAUUGGCCCACUGCAUGGGCUCCCAAUCUCACUUAAAGAUCAAUUCCGAAUCAAAGGCCUAGAAACUACUAUGGGUUACGUCGGAUGGAUUGGAAAGUAUGAUACCGAGGACUCUGUCCUGGUGACCCUACUUCACAAAGCAGGCGCCGUGUUUUACGUCAAGACCAGCGUUCCUCAGACACUGAUGACUGGCGAGACGUUUAACAACAUAAAUGGGCGAACAGUCAACCCUCGGAACAAGAAUUGGUCCUGUGGUGGCAGCUCGGGUGGUGAAGGUGCUCUCGUAAGCUUCCGAGGCAGUAUUAUUGGCGUUGGAACUGAUAUUGGUGGAUCAAUCCGUAUUCCUUCUGCUUUUAACUUCCUCUAUGGUCUUCGACCAAGUCAUGGAAGGCUUCCAUACGCUGGGAUGGCGAACAGUAUGGAAGGUCAGGAGACAAUUCACAGCGUUUGUGGUCCUCUCUGCCACUCAAUCCAGGAUAUGAAAUUAUUUGUCACCUCUGUCUUGGCUGAGAAGCCCUGGAACCAUGAUUCCAAAGUGGUGCCCCUGCCAUGGAGGCAGACCGAGGAAGACGAAGUCAAGGCCAAAAUCAAAUCAGGAGACUUGGUUCUAGGAUUUUAUAACUGCGAUGGGAAUGUUACUCCUCAUCCCCCGGUCUUGCGAGCAGUGCAGACAGUCGUGGACCAGGUUAAGGGAGCCGGCCACACCGUAGUUCCUUGGGAGCCCUACAAACAUCCUCGUAUCGUGGAUUUGACCAACAUGAUUUACGGCUCUGAUGGUGGAACCGAUGUGCUCACGGCCAUGGGCCAGUCAGGCGAGCCGCCCAUUCCUAACAUUGAUCAACUUCUCCAUCCAUCUUCAUCAAAAAAGGUGGAUAUGAACCAACUAUGGGAUGUUCAGCUAGAGAAGUGGAACAUCCAGCGCGAAUAUCUGUCGAGGAUCAGAGAGUUCGAAGUCAAGACUGGUAAAGAACUUGAUGCGAUUAUCGCUCCCGUCACGGCAACAGCUGCAAUCCGGCAUAAUCAAUUAAGAUACUAUGGAUACAGCACUGUUACCAAUUUCCUCGACUUUUCCAGCGUUGCCGUCCCCGUUACAUUUGCAGACAAGAGCAUCGAUACCAAAAAGGGCGAUUUUCAACCACUAACAGACAUUGAUAAAGAGGUUCAGGCUGAGUAUGAUCCUGAAGCAUACCACGGUGCGCCAGUCGCUAUACAAGUUAUUGGUCGUCGGUUGACCGAAGAGAAGGUCAUGGCCAUUGCGGAAGAAAUUGGUAGAUUGCUGGGCAACGCUGUAGCCUCUUAG